AGAGAACUGUGGGACGUGCAAUUCAACCAAAUAAAGUGUAUGAGACUGCAAUUGACAAUUUGCGUUUGGAAGAUGGGAUGCCAUCCAAAGUAUGCCACUAAAAUAUAUAAAUAAAUGGUGUGCAGAAUGAAUGGCAUAAAGUGGAUGAGCAGCUGCUGAUGUUGCCAUUACUCUCAAUUAUACUGUUGAUAUUGCCGCUAAUGUGCCACAAAUGUAGGAUACUCGCACAUGCCACAAAUGUAGGAAACUCACACAUGCCACAAAUACAAUCAACAAAUAACCGAAUAUUGUUUUUUAAAUGUCUGCCACCAAAUCAUUUGUAACCAAAUGCUGGAUCCAAAUACCACCCUUUGCCACUCAUCCUUAGGGCUGACAGGAAUGCUACUAUUCAUCUGGCCGGCGGCUUCGGAUUGGGAGGAGAUCGCUACCAUGUAUAGCCCGGAUUACAAUCAGCUGGAUCUGACGGGUACUGCAAAGGCGUGUGAGAAGGCCGUUGAUGGCAACCGUUCGGCUUACCUUGGAGCUGAAGGCAGCGACAGCCAGCGACAGCCAGCGACAGCCAGCGAGUGUGAUUCCGACGCUCAAAGCACCAAACCCGAAAUUAGGUGCGGCAAAGUGAGAGCACCGAGCUAACAUAAACAACCAAAACAACCAAAAUAAAGCCAAAGCGCAAAAAAUCACCCGUUUGACUGGUCGAUCGGAGUUCACAGCCAAACAGUCAAGCAGUCAAAGCAGCUGAAGGCAACCAACCAACCAAGCACCGAGUCGAGUGCUAAAAAAAGCCUGUGUUUUCGGCUUAUUUCUCGCGCUCUCGCCCAAGCCGCCUGUUAUUGUUUUUGUGUUUUUGUGUUUUUGUGAUCAAAAUAGCGGACACCUCUCCUGCGUCCUCUCUCUUAUUUUAGCCUGCAUGUCGAUCGGAAUGGAAAAAUGCGCGGAUUGACUCGAUAUCGGCUAUCGGAGCAUCCUGCGAUUGGCCAAUCCGCCUGGUUUCUGGUGUUGAGUAUGAACGCGCCUUAUUUUAUUUUGCUCUUUCUUGCUGAGAACAACACCAAGCGCCCUCUCA